AUGCUUCGUUUUCUUAUAUUAAUUGCAAAUAUACUAGUUUGCAUAUGUUUUUUAAAUACUAAAUAUCAAAUACAGUUAGAUUACAGCAUACCAAGUGCAUUAAUAAACUUUGAUAAAUCAUUAAAAUAUACAAAUGUUACCAUAGGAAAAGAUUCUUUUCUAUGUAUAUUAAAUAAAUCUGAUAAUUACUCGGAUUUUUGCGAAAAGUAUGACUUAUUUAAAAAUAUAAAUAAUAAUGAUAUUAAUAAUUACGUCGAGGAAAAAUUGAAUGAAAACUAUCUUUUAAAAUAUGUAGAUAGUAUUAAUUAUAAGUUAUCCACAAGCGAUAACUCAGGAAAUAAUAAAAUUAAAAGAAAUGACCAAAAGAAAAAGGAAAAAAAAAAAAUUAACAAUAAAAGAGAGAAAAAAGUAAAUAGGAAAAUAAAUAAGAUUGCAAAUAAUAAAAAUAAAGAAGCUAAUAUAUAUGAAAAUGGAAGAAAUGACAGAUAUGAAGAAAUAAAUAAUAUUUUCAAUUGUACCUUUAAAAAAAUAUAUGAUUAUAUCUUUUAUAAACAUAAAUUUAAUUCAUAUCAUAAAAAUAGAAUAUAUUAUAAAAUUAAUGAUCAAAUCACACUAAAAAAUCAUAUUAUAAAAGGAAAAAUGCUAACUAUAAAUAAUACAUGUAUUAAAGCAUUUUCUAAUGAUGAUAUAUUAAAAAUAUGUUUAAAUAAAUCAUUAACUUUUAUAACAAAGAGAUAUUCUGAUAAACAUAAAGCACAUACAUCUAUAUCUAACUAUCUAAAUGGAAAAGAUCUAUUAUUUGCCAACAAUACUGUUGUUCAAUAUUACAGUGAUGGCAAAUAUUUCUUUGAAGUGCUGUUUCUUUGUGGUAAUAACAAUUUAAGAAUUAAUAGUUUUGAGAGAUUAUAUAAUAUAUCCUAUCCUUUAAUUUUUGAAAUAUAUGAACGUUUGAAUAUGAAUUUAAUAAAAUUUUAUAAUAUUAUUAUGAAUAAAUUAAAAUAUAAUAAAAAAUACUUUUUCAAAACAUUUUCUAUGCACACCUAUAGUGAUAGCUAUUAUAAUUCAUUAAAAGAUAAAUUAAAUGAAAUUUUAAAUUCUUAUUAUGCAAAUGUAAAUUAUUUAUACCGAGUUACUUUAAGUGCAUAUAUGUUUUGUAAUUAUACUAAUCAAACGAAUCCUCCAAAUCAUUAUCUAUUAAAAAACAUAAUGAAUAAAUGUUAUAAUUUUAGUAAAAACGAUGAAUAUAUAUAUGAAAUUUGUUUGCCAUAUAGUGUUAUUAAAUAUAAGAAGGAUAGAUAUGGAAAUGUAAAAUAUCCCAUUGUCUUAUUAGGCUCUUCAUAUGUUUCUAUUAAUGGAGGAAAGCCAUUUUACGAAAAAACAUAUGAUUUUUUUCCUGUUUUAAAAAGUGAUUACAUAAAGAGAAAAAAUGCUGAAAAUUAUUUAAAAAUGAAAAAAAAAAUUUCAUAUCCCAAUUCUUCAUUUACAACAUCACCAUCCUCCUUAUCUGAUUCUGUUUUUUAUCCUAAACACACUCCUCUGUAUGCUCACAAGUAUACUAAUACUUCUACCUCUCAUUAUCUACCUUCUUCUACUUCAUUUUCCUCUUCGUAUUCUUCACGUUCUCACAAUUCUUCUUACUCUCCUUUUUUGUUUUCUUCUUUAUUGUCACAUUCAUCAUUCAAUUCCAACCAUGUCCCAUAUAUAAGUUCAUAUAUUAUUGACAAACCAAUGGAAAUAUUAAAAUAUGGAAAAGAUAAUUUUUAUAAAGCUUUAGCAUUUGAUUUAAAAGGAGCAAAAUGCAAAGAUUCAUUAGGUGAAGAUUAUGAUUACAUUACAACAAUUUAUUUUGAUUGCUCAUUGCAUUUUAAAAAUGAAAGUCAUACAAAAGUUAUCAAUGUAUUUCAAUCAACUGAAUGUCAUUAUUAUGUUCAUAUAUCUUCUCCUUUUAUGUGUGCACACCCAACUCUACUUACAGCAGUACAAUCUAAAAAAGAAGUUAUUAAAUGUUUCAAAAAUGUGUACGCAGCUAGUUCCCAGUUACAAAAUAAUUCUCAAAACAUAUACGAUUAUGAAAAUAUACAUAAAGACAGUAUAGAAGAGAUAAGGAAUUAUGAAAAACUUAUUAAGAAUAACUAUUCUUAUAACCCCCUUAUAAAUGAGAACGUGUUAAGAGAUAAUUAUAUUAGCAAUGAAGAUAAAUUUCAUUUAUAUGAAUUUUAUGCUUUAAAAUAUAAAAUUUUUAACAAUAAAAAUUUAGUUUAUUUGGAGGCUUUACCAAAAGAUAAAAAAAUUGAAUUUGGUCAAAAACAUGAUUUCGGUUUGGGUAAUUAUUUAAGAAAAAGAGUUUAUAAAUCUACUCCAUUAUUUCAUAUUGGAAAUGUUGUAAAGCAUAAAUAUUGGAAUUAUCAUGCUGCUGUAGUUAGUUGGGAUUUUGUAUGUUAUGCACCAGAUGAUUGGAAAAAAAAUAUUUUUUCUGAAUAUCCAGAUAAAUUUCAAAAUUCUGUUCAUUAUCUUCUUUUAAUAAAUAAAAAAAGGUAUAAAAAUUAUGAGCAAAUGCAUAAUAGUCCUACAAAAAAAAGCUAUUUUAGUAAAAAUUUUAUAAAAAAUAGUAAUAAUAAAAAAGUAUCAGAAUUAAUUAAUUCGAGUGAAAUAUAUGAUGAAAAUUUUCAUUUCGCAUAUGUACCAGAAUCAAGUUUAGUUUAUAGUGAUAAAAUGAUUUAUAGUGAAUAUUUAUCACAUUUUUUUGAAAAAUAUAAUAGCUUUUUUCAUUUCUAUAUUCCUAAAAAAAACCAUAUUUUAUGGAAACUUUUUCCUUAUGACUUUUUUAGUUUAGUUUAUUGA